CGAGCAUUUGCCGAUGAUCACAUUUGAUUGUGACUGGACAUCGCUGAGAGAAGUUCAACUACAGUGCAUUAUUCCAGCGGACUGAAGGCUGCCUCCCUGAGGACACCAAGGAGGAGGUGGUUGUGGUGCUAUCGAGGUCUGCUCCUGCUCCUGUGUCCUCCUCCAGGAGCGGUAGCCCCUCACCUGCUCCGUCUCCAUCCUGUAGUGAGACAGCCCUACCCCACAGCCCUGCUCCACCCUCUCACAGGACCCUGGAUGCUGUGAACAGCAGUGUGUCCACAUCACCCCAAGGUGACCCAGGACAUUCAGCAUCAUUGAGCUUGCCAGUAGAAAUGGCCCAGACCAUCCCAGUUCAAGACCAGAGGUGGGUCUCCAAGGCCCUGUUCCACGCUGGCAGGCUCCGGACAGAUCUUCAGCUGUGGUACGAUCCCCCAGCAACCUCCUAUUUGGCGCGUCACCAGGCACCACCUGUGCCAAACCAGUUCUUCACCCAUGGCCUGAUGGUAUGGAUGCCUCACUUCAUGUGGAAGCUGAAGUUAAACUGUCCAAAUUGCGAGACACAGCUCAUUGGCUGCGGUGUCUACGAGAAAGCCAGGAAGGUGCUGGACAUCGACAGGUAUUACCUGCUGGUCACAGAGAUACUCAGGUGCCCUCCGUGUUCUGUGGAUUACCUGUCCACCAGCCAGGCUCUACGGGAUCAGCUGGAUUUGCCACACCAGAUGCUGUUCAGGGUAGUCAUGACAACCAAGUAUGCCUGUGACAUACGAGUCAUUCGGCUGCUGCGGGACAAGACUCUGGGCAGCAUUGGUCCAGCCAGACUGGCCAAGCAGCUGAGGGAGAGUCAUGGAGAAGAGCGGCUAACCAGGCUAGCACGCUACCUGAGGGAGUGUGCUGACCAUGUGGAGCGACUCAGCCUCCUCCCACAGGCCUGCCUGGAGCCUCCAGAGGCCAGUGACGUCCCCACCAGCCAGUGGCUGCUGUCCGCUUAUGGCAGGGACAUCCUCAGCCGCCUGGACCACAUUAGGGCCAGCAUCACCUCCACUUUUGGAACUGUCUUGCAUAUAAUUUCCACCGAAAAGAUCACCAAAAAGCUGUCUGGCUAUCGGGACACAUGGCUGACCUCCAUUGGCAACGAGGCUGGCCAGAUACUCAACAGUGUGGUGACCAGGAAGGAGGAUUCAACGCUGGACAAGAUGGCUGCUGGGUUAGUCCGUCGCUACCGUCAGGCUGCUGUUCCGCCCCCUGUGGUCCUCUACGUGGACCGUGGCUGCUGCCCGUUGGACAAAAUUAUUGGCAAGCCGACCAUGCCGGGGUUUACUGACUGGCCAGAGCUCCAGGUGCGCCUGGAUGCCUGGCACUUCAUGAAGUGGCUGGCCAGAUCCUGUCUGAGAGACCACGCCCUCUACCCCGCCUUCAUGUCUCGUCUGGCCGCCUGCAUUUUCGAGUGGGACGCCGGUGACCUGACUCUACUUCGGCAGGCCAAGAAGCAUGAGCUUAUGCUGGAUGGUUGGACGCAGCAUGUCCCAGAUCACGUGGUGGACAGCAGCAUCAGUAGGAAAGAACUGAGUCAGUUCUGCCGCAGGAGGACGCGGGGAGUGGAGGUCACCACGCGUCUGAUCGACCAACUGCUGCAGGAGACGCGAGGGCCAAAAUGGACGGACCACAGAGGCGUCCCCUUUCGGCGGAGGUAUAGGUGGAUGGAUGAGGAUUGGAGCGAUGUCAGGCCACAUGUGAGGUGCAUCCAGGACGUGCCCGGUGUACAGCUGUACACGGAGGUGGGGUACGUGGAGAAGCCGGGGGGAGUCACGCUGACCAGGUACAGGUGUGCCAGAGGGUCCGAGACCCUGCAGGCGUUUCACCUCCACCUGAACAAGUUCAUUCCAGGAACCUGCGCGAAUGAGCUGAACUCCCAGCUGUACCUCCUGGAGUGCCUGAACAGGUGGAACUAUGACCGAGGGGCAGCAGCUGUGUCCAGUAGGCAGUCAUCUCUGAUGGCCUACGCUGGAGACAUGGUGCAGCAUGUCAACACCAACUACCUGAAGCUGUUUGGACGCCCAUUAGUGCCAGGCUACAGGCCGCCAGCCAAAUACACUGGAGAGCUGCUUGGACUAGAGUUCCUCCUGAGCGAGACAGGAGAACCCCUCCAGGUGAUCCCUGACACAGAGGAGACCAACACCAAGCUGGAGGCCGUGGAUGUGGGAGAGGAGGAGGAGGAGGAGAUCUUUGAGGACACCCUGGCUGACAUGACUGUUUCCAGUGUCCUUGAUGACCAAGUGCUAUCCCAACUCGCUCGCACUCGCAUGGAACCCCCAACGACCCCUCCUUCCCUCCAGUCUGCCUUCUCCAUGACCGCCCCUUCCCACCAUUCUGUCUCGUCCCAACCUCUAGCCUCUUCCCUGGCUGUGUCUUCCCAGCCUGUAGCCUCUUCCCUGGCUGUGUCCUCCCAUCCUGCUGCCUUCUAUUCCUCCUCCUGCUCCUCCUCCUCCAUGGCUGGUUCACAUUCUUCACAGGACGAGGAUGAGUCUGUUCGUGUGCCAGCCGUGGAACAAAUGCACAUCUUGGAUGAAGAUGACCCUGUUGGCGUCAAGGUUGAAAGCGAGGAGUCGUCUCUGACCCUCACUGACCAGCAGCAACUGAAUCCCCCGGAACCCCAUCCAGGGCCAGCUGUGUCAGCUGCUCCCCAGAUGGUGAUGUUCGGCCCUGUGAGCCUAAAGCAGUUGCCCUUCCUCAUGCCUCGCUCACAGCACUGGAACGCCGACAUUCCCACCCCUCCCUCUCCGCCUUGUCCCCGCCCUUAUGCUCGUAAGAUGCCAUACAACACUUGCAAGAAAUGUGGGAAGUCUAGAACGACACCCACAGGACACAGCCAGUACAAGGGGAAAGUGUACUGCCCCACGGUAGAGAGUGUAUCAAAGGAGCAGUGGCUGGAGGACAUGAAAAAGAAAGAAUAGGGUCCUGCCGUGGCCAACCGGUAGGGCACUCGCCUGCCAUGCGGCUGAUCCGGGUUCGAUUCCCGAGCCCGGGUCCUUUGCCGACCCCUCCCCAUCUCUCUCCCAAUUCGCUUCCUGUCCAGCUCACUGUCCUAUCGAAAUAAAGUCGAAAAAUACCCAAAAAAAAAAGAAAAAGUAAGAAUAGCAGCUAUGUUCGUAGUCUCGUUCUUUUCUAGUUAAUCAACACUUCCACGAAAAGUUUUAAUUGCUACCUCCUACCAUCCCAGAGGUAUGGAAGACACUUUGAAUGUAUUGGAUUGAUUGUAAAUAGUUGUUUUACCUGAAAUGUGUUAUUGUUGUAUUCAAACUGACUUAUUCAGGGCCCAAGCACAGACGGUUCAUAGGACCCUAUUUUAUUGUGUUUUUCUCCUGUGUUUCUCCUGACUCCUGUUGCUGAUAUGUAUUUUGAUUAAAAAAUGUUGACAAAAUA